AAACGUACCUGAUUCAAGUGAUGACGUUGUUGAAGAGGAUAAACAUGAAGUAUUCAUUACCAUUGCCAAUGGAAUCAACGAUCUUGUAUGUUAUUACGAAAAGAGAAGCGGUGUAGAAAACGACAGUGGUGGUAAAUCCGGUGACUCUAAACAACAUAGAAAUGGUAUGAAACCAAUAAAAGACGAAAAGAAUAAUGUUGGAAAUCAAGUGAUAAUAAAACGAAAGAAUAAUAUGAGAAAUGUGGAUGAAAUGGAAGAUCAAAAUGCGGUAGAUCAAGGUGUUGGAGCAUAUAACCAUGAAAAUUGUUGCAGCAAUGGAGUAGGAAUUGGAAAAUAUAAUUGA